AAAGUAUAAAAUGAGAAGUGCGGGAAAGUAGUUCUCGUAUAGAGAGAUGGGAACAGCGUGGUCACAAGAUGGGGCUUCUCAGUCGGAGGCAAGUGGACAGCAGAAACAACAAUCAGCAACAGAGCCUCAUCCAUCAACAGACACAGUCAAGGGUGCUUACAAUACAGUGGAAGUAAAGCCAAGUGAUAAUGUAGACAAGGCAGUGGUGAAGCCAACAGCACAGAAAAUCCCACAUAACUUUCAAGCCAUUUUGAAAGAUGCAAACAGCUUCCGUAUGGACAAGUCUUCCACAGAAGAGAAGUUCGGCCAGUUACGAGCUGGCAUACUCUUGAACCAAAAGAGAAAGAAAUAUUGGGUUGAUAAGAACUUCAACAACUGCUUUAUGUUGUAUUCAAGGGAUCUUUCAAUUUGUUGGGUUGACGAUUGUCGUUACUGGCAAUGGACCAGUGUGAAAGAAACGAGCGAUGAGUUCAUUGAUGUGGCCGAACUGUUGAACGUAUGUUGGCUGGAAAUUAAUGGAAAAUUUGAUACUGCUAAGCUCUCACCAGGAAUUUUGUAUGAAGUGGCAUAUGUGGUGAUGCUGAAAGAUCCAGCUUAUGGAUGGGAAGUUCCGGUAAACAUCAGACUCACUCUCCCAGAUGGAAGCAAGCAAGAAAACAAAGUAAAUUUGAUGGAAAAGGUAAGGGGACAAUGGAUCAAGAUUCCAGUAGGUGAAUUCAAAACACCAGUCCAAAAACAUGGGGAAAUCGAGUUCUCAAUGUACGAAUAUGUUGAUGGAGAAUGGAAGAGUGGGCUUUGCAUCAAGGGAGUCACAAUUCAGCCAAAGAACUGAAUUCCACAAUAAUCAAUAUUUCACGGGCCAGUUGGAAAAAUAUAAUAUUUAGAUUUUUAUUUGGAACUAAAAGUCAGCUUGAAUGUGCAAUAAAUAAUUGCAACAAAGCAAAUGGAAGAAAAAUUCAACUUUUGGUUUUAGCCAAUGCCUUAUUCAUCAACCGCACAGUCCUACUGUUGAUCGUAAUUAACAAACCGGCUUAUGGAAACAUAAACAAAACAAGCAACUAAGGUGUUGUUUGGCAAUACCUUAGUUUUAUGUUUUUGGUUUUUGUCUUCUUAAUUAUGCAUAAUUUGUUUACUUAAUAUGUUAGUGUUACUUAUAGUUUGUAAGGUAUUUCAAUUAGUUACAAACUUGAGGAUAAAAAAGUAUCAAAUUAAACACAACAUAAACAAUUAUUGGUUUUCGGUA